UUGAGAUUCGGGGGAUAUUUCAAACUACUAAUUUAGUUGUCGGGGUAGUAGUGUCCUCACGAAUUCGAGUUUCUGAUAAGUAAUUGAAUUUCUUUGUAGAAUUUAUAUUAUGGAGACUGACAAUUCUAUACCAGCUGGAGUAGAUAAAAUGUGCACUGAUGCCAAUGAUAAUGAAAAAUUAAUAGCUGCUAUUGAUCAAGGCACAAGUAGUUCAAGAGUGAUCAUAUUUUCAACUAUCAAUGGAAGCAUCAUAACUAUGCAUCAGAUAAAUGUAACACAAUCUUAUCCAUCAUCUGGAUGGGUUGAAAUGGAUGCUAAUGAGAUUUAUACAACAAUUUUGCAAUGUUUAAAUAAAUGUGUGGAACAAUUAAAUUCAAUGAAUAAAAGUGUUAAAAAUAUUAUUGGUAUUGGCAUUACAAAUCAACGUGAAACAACAAUUGCAUGGAAUUGUGAAACAGGUGAACCAUUAGCUCCAGCUAUUGUAUGGUCUGAUGCAAGAACUGCUGAUGAUGUGAUCAAAUUUACACAAAUGACUCAUGGUAAAACAGCGAAUGCUUUUCAACAUAUUACCGGUUUACCGAUACAUAGUUAUUUUUCAGCUUUAAAAAUUCAUUGGUUAUUAAAUAAUGUCGAAUCAGUAAUUAAAGCUAAUGAAGAACAAAAAUUACUAUUUGGUACAGUUGAUUCAUGGUUAAUAUGGAAGUUAACUAAUCAUUUGUGUCAUGUUACUGAUGUAACAAAUGCAAGUCGUACACUCCUAUUUAAUUUGAAUACAUUAGAAUGGGAUCAUGAAUUAUGUCAAUUUUUUCAUAUUAAUCCACGUACACUGCCAAAAAUAGUUACAUCAUCUGAAUUCAUUGGUGUCAUUCAAGAUCCAAAUUGUUUAAUGCAUAACAUUCCUAUAUAUGGUAUAUUAGGUGAUCAACAAGCAUCACUUGUUGCACAAACAUGGGGAUCAUCUAGUUCUAUAAAUGAAACGAAUUUAUCCAAUAUGUCUGGAGUUAAAAUAACCUAUGGAACUGGUGCAUUUAUGCUAUGGAAUAUUGGUUGUCAACCUUAUUUUUCAGAUAAAGGAAUUUUAACAACAAUAGCUUAUAAAAUGGGUUCAAAUGGAAAACCACAUUAUGCUCUAGAGGGUGCUAUAUCAUAUGCUGGUGCUACAAUGAAAUGGUUAAAAACCAAAUUGGAUAUCUUUGAGCAUAAUGCAGAAUGUGAAGAAAUGGCUGCUACUGUAUAUGCAAAACAAACAUUCAAUGAACCAGAUCCAUGUUAUUUAGUUCCAGCAUUUAGUGGUCUAUUUUGUCCAUGGUGGCAAGAAAGUGCACGUUGUGUUAUAUGUGGCAUUACAGCGAAUGUUAACAAAGCGGAUUUUGUUUAUGCUGGUUUAAGAUCAUCAGUUUAUCAAACAUAUGAUGUGUUAUUUGCAGCUACUUUAGCUAAAACCAAUCGAUCUUGUUCAUCUGUAGUUCCAACUAUGACAUUAAAACAACCGAAUGAAAUUUAUGUUGAUGGUGGAAUGUCUAAUAGUGAUACGCUUAUGCAAAGUUUAGCUGAUAUUUUAAAUGUGACUGUUCGACGUCAUAAUCAUUCGGAUAUUAUGACUGCAUUAGGUGCUGCUAUAACUGUAGCAUUAGCACUUGAUAUAAAUCCAGCUGGUUUAUUAAAAAUUCGAGAAUAUUCCACUCCUAAUACAUAUAACUAUCAAUCAAUAUUUUAUCCAAAAAUUAAUUCAAAUGAUCGAACUAUAAAAUUAUACAGUUGGCAUGAAUCAGUAAAACGAAGUUUACAUUGGAUUACAAAUGAAUCAAUCAAUGAUUCACAGAAUACACUAUUGAAUUUAAUGAAUCUUAUCCAAAAUGAACAAUGUCAAGAUGAGAAGAAAAUUAAAAAAAAACAAUAUUCAUUAGAUUUUUUACAAAAAAUAUCAUUUGGUCUAACAAUUACUACUGGUCUACUUUUAUUUGGAUUGUUAUAUGUUCGACGAAUGCAGUAA